CUGUGUCCAGACUCAUGCCGAUAUCUGGACUGCCAGCGAAAACAGACCCAACAAAAGUGCGCUGCAGCCCAGAAAAAUGAGGACAGAGACUCUACGACUUCGAUAUUUUCUCUCAUAACUCGCUAUCGCGAAAGCAUUGCUCUAGCUGUACAAUGACGCAUUUAUUCCGGAACGGAAUGACUGAUCUAAGUCGAUUGGAUAUUUGUGGCCCAGAAUCUCUCCGUGCGUUUUGGCUGGUCUCCUCUUACAUUGCGGAGCCCCCAAGCCUGUCCGAGUGUCUUUGAUCUUGCCUCGGAAAUCGCGACAGAAGGCCAGUCAUUCUUCAAUUUUCCUUAUGGCGGCCACUGCUACAGCACAAGCCUCGACCGCCGUCUCAGUUGAUAUCACAACACCGUCCAACUCGACUCUGAUGAUAUUGUCCUCUCCGACUGCUACGCCGGCUACUGCCAGCUCCAAGCUCUCAACUAUGCCCAAUACCGGUAAAAAUGUUCACCCGAGCCGGGCAGUAGGCGUUUGGUCCAGCCAGGAGCACGACCGCUUCCUUGAGGCUCUCAAAAAGUAUCCUCAAGGACCCUGGAAAGCCAUCACGGGAUAUAUCGGCACUCGAUCGGUCCGUCAGGUACAAACCCACGCACAGAAGUAUCAGGAGAAAGUAUCGCGCCGUCUUCACGGCAUGCAGACAGGCAAGGCCAUUCGCCUCCGUCGUGAACACCGCAUCGAUCACGACGUCUUGGCACUGCCCACUCUAAUCAGUCUACCACCUGAACUACGAAACAAACAUGCGCGUCGAAAUAGCAGUAGGGUGAAACCUGGCCCAGUCAUAACAACCAGGACAGCUCGGGAGUUUCAGCGGCCUACAAUUGUGCCUGUGAAGCUGGAUCACAAAAACUUCAAUCUGAUAACGGAUCAUGAUGGAGCUUCGCCAUCCUCAGUGGCGUCGUCCUUCCAUUUUGACGACUCGGUCUUCGCGCUCAUGGAUGUGGACGACCUCCCGACACUGAGCGAGUCACUCGAUUUCUUCAUCGAGAACUUAUCCUAAUGCCGAUGAAGGACAAUAUCCUUCAUCGCGUAAAUUUCCUUAAUGCACAACCAAAUUUCGCUGCGCUACUAACAGAACCAGCAGAGUCGUGUGACUGUGUCAGAAUAUAUCCCUUCAGUAUUUAUCUUCAUGCAUACGUAUGUACUAUACUUGCAAACCUCGUUUCAUUCCUGAACAACUAAAGUAUAGUAGUACAUGUUAUGCAUCCGAAUUAAAGUUG